UUUAACAAUUAAAAAUCAUGGGAGAAAAAACAAUUGGAGAAAUUCUUACAAACGAAUUUGUUUCAAAACACGAAUCAAGAUUAUUUAGUAUAUCGGGUACUUUCAUAUGUAUUACGAUCAUUUGUGUGAACUUUUCUGUUGUCUUUUCAAGUUUUUGUUUACUAAAAAGAGGGCAAGAACCUCGAGCGACUUACAUAUUUUUAGGAAGCAUUUGUCUAGCCGAUAUGAUAUCAGGAAUUGUGACUUUAUUUAUGGUCAAUUAUUUUCAUCAGUUAAAUAAUGCAUUUUUAUGCGGUAUAAGCGUUGGUUUGGCUGGUACGACUGGAUUGGCAUCUUCUUUUUUUAUUGGACUUAUAGCAAUAGACCGGUAUCUUUACAUUAUGAACGGUCUUCACUAUCAUAGAUACUUUACAACGCGACAUCCAUAUUUAAUGGUCUUGUUAGUUUGGUUAAUAAGCGCAGUGCCCGGAUGUGGUCCAUCAUUUACAUUUUCGGAUUAUUAUUCCAUGGAUGAAUUUAUUUGCUUUUUUUUAGUUUUAAUACCUCCAAAGAUAUCGCUGAUUCCUAUGGUAAUUGCCAUAGUUCCAAUGAUCCUUAUAAUGAUCCUUUACAGUAUUAUCUUGAAAAGCGCAUUGAAUAGCAGAUCUCGCCUGAAUCGAAGUACACAAAGCAGUUUUCAGAAUCAUGAGGGUAACUUACGUGUGUUUCGUGGAAGAGAACAAAAAAUCAUCACUUUGAAUAGUGCCGAUGAAGAUUUGCCAUCGAGAGUUCGAAAAUUUGGUCUUCCCUGCUGUCGAUGGAGUAAGCUUGAAAUUACACCAAAUUUAUGUGAUGAAAGUAAAUGGAAAGCAGUAAAAAUUGUUGCAUACACAACAGGAGCAUAUUUCAUCACGUGUUUUCCCUAUUUCGUAACAUCUAUUUGCUAUGCAUUUUGCGACUUCAAAUUAAAUUUUGAGUAUUGUCAUAACUUAUUUGUCUUGAUGAGGAAACCAUUGUUUAUUCUUUAUAUAGCCAAUAAUUUAUUUAAUCCUCUUAUUUAUGCAUGGUGGCAUCCUGGAUUUAGAAUAUCAGUUAAGAAAAUGUAUUCCAGAUUAUUUGUAAAAAUACAUCCGAAACCAUCGAUACCCGCUUCAAAAAUUCAUAAAACUAAUUUCUUUAGGGAAAAUGGACAUGAAAAUUUUGACAGCCAGAUAUGAUAGUAAGAAUUGUGUUUAAAAUUAUUAAAGAUUUUUUAU